UUGAAGAUUGAAUUCAUUUAUCCGGCAACGGGACGAGAGGAAAUCGACGCCAUCAAAUUAUGGAACAGCGUUCAAACCACGAUCAAAGCGGCGAUCGAAGAAGCCAACUUGACUGCCGCUCAAAUUUCAUUCCUCGCCAUCAGCUCUCACCGAGGUUCGUUCACCUGUUGGAACCGAUGCAGUGGGAUGGUUUAUCAUAAUUUUAUAACUGCGCAGGACCUACGGGCGGAUCAAAUGGUAAGGGACUGUAACGAUGGGUUUAUGUUCAAAGCGUUCAAGAUGAGCGCAAGUAUGCUUCACUGCGUCACGCGGAGUCAACGGUACUUAGGACAGAGUGUGUUCAAUGUAACCAACGCAGAUGUCACCAUGCGGCUCGCUUGGGUACUUGAACAAUGUCCAGGAAUACAGCAGGAUCUGAAGCAGGGCGAUGUGCUCUUCGGGACGAUCGAUGCAUGGUUACUGUAUCGAUUGCGAAGAGGUGUUAGUUCUGAUAAAGAUAUCGACCACAUCAGCGAUAUAACGAACUGUGCGGCUAGUGGAUUGUAUGAUCCUUUUACACAGGAAUGGACCGAAUGGGCCCCGAUGUUAUAUCCGAUAAAGAGAAGUAUACUUCCAACCGUCGUUGAUAAUUCUUUCGAUUUUGGUUAUGUGGAUAAAUCGUUAUUCGGAAGCUCUAUAAAAAUCGGAACAUCGAUUUCAGACAUUUCAGCCGCUUUGUGGGGAAACUGCUGCUUCGAUAAAACUGAUUUAUUCAUUCGGAUGGAUACUACGACAGUUGUUAACAUAAUAACGAAAUCCACUUGUCUAGCCUCAGAACGUGAAAUGUUUACACGGAUUGGCUAUAAACGUUUGAGCGCGACUCAGGACGAAGUUGUCUACGUGCUUGAGAAAAUUUGCAACGACUGCACGAGUGUUAUAGAUUGGGGUAUGAAAAUAGACCUGUUUACUGAUCAUCACGACGCUUCGAAGCAAGCAUGCUCCGUAUCAGACUCUAAUGGAGUAUUUUUCGUUUCUGAGUUCAAUGUGAUGGGUCGGUGUGAUAUCACUGCUGGUUCAAGUUUCAUCGGUAUCAAAAAGGCAACCCGAAAAGAACACUUAGUUCGAGCGUUACUGGAGAGCCUCGUCUAUCGUUUCGCUCUUCUGUACGUGAGUGCUCACAAGGAAAUUCAGUACCAAUCACUGGAAUGUUUUACGAAAAUUAAAGUAGAUGGCAGUGUAGCGAAAAAUGACUUCGUUUGUCAGAUGCUAGCUGAUAUCACCAGUUUACCAGUUGAACGUGGAGUUGCUGCAGAUGCCUCAGCACUCGGAGCUGUCCUACUUGCAGGAUUUAAUUCACAUAUAUGGAAUAGUAAACAAGAGUUGCUCCAGGUUAGAAAGAUUGAUAAGAUCUUCCUACCGAGUCCCAAUAGUAAAUUGAAACUUUUACGAAACAUGCGCUGUUGGGAAGAGUUGGUGGAAAAAUUCAAAGGUUGA